GUCGCACAACGCAGCUCGAUAUCACCACUGUUGCAGGUUCAGCAUGGCCGACUUUGAUAUGAUCACGUAUGAAGAUGAUGAAGAAAAUGGCGUUUAUCCGGAUGAUGCAGCAUUAAAUAUGGUACCCGAUCCAAUUUUCAUAAGAGGAACAGGACACAUAACUAUAUUUGGGUUGAGCAAUAAAUUUGAGACAGAGUUUCCACAAGAGCUUGCAGCAAAGGUUGCUCCAGAAGAGUAUAAGUGCACUAUCACAAAAAUGAACAGUAUACUACAUAAAACAAUGCCUAUGAACUUGAAAUGGUUAAUAUGUGGAUGUUUAUGCUGUUGUUGUACAUUAGGAUGUUCCGUUUGGCCUGUUCUGUGGUUAACAAAAAGAACGCGGCACAUGAUUGAGAAGUCACUAGAUUGGGAAAACAGCAGAUUGUACUAUAAACUUGGUCUUCAUUGGUCGUUAUGUAAAGAGCAAUGUGAAUCAAGUAAUAUGAAAGAAUACGUACUUAAGAUAGAAUUUGUUCCAAGGCUGAAUAUACUCAAACCAGACUGACGCGAUGGAGAGAAGGAACUGAUUUGAAAGUAAUCUUUAUUUAAUUGCCCUUGAAAGUUGCUGACACUAAAGAUAUCACUAUGAAAUUAUGUACAGUAAUUAAUAUGUAUAUAUGAAAUACAGGUACAUAGAUCAUAUGAAAUCCACAUGUGUAAAUAUGUCAGUAUUAUUUGCCAAAUAUGUUUCAUUUGGUUGUUUGUCUGUCCUUUUUUUAGAAAAACAAAUUGUUGCUGCCAUAGUGUAAUUUGAUUUCAUGAUUCUAGUACAUUUAUUUGUCUGAUGCACAAUAGUCCUUGUGAUACAGUAUGCUUGCUAUCUAAUAACAUGCAUACUAUUGAAAUAGUUCAUGAUAUAAACUAAAAGCGUAUCAUGUGAUUGAUCCUUAAUUUUGCAGUCAUUGUAUCUUUAUUAUUACCUGAAGAAGGUAUGUUUUAAUGUGUAUAUGUUUGCUCAUAUUCAAAAUUGAAUUUGGAUGAUGAGAUUGAUGAUAUCGGGGCCCUGGAACACAAAGCUUGGUGAUUGAUCAUAGGAAUGAUUUUUCACUUGAUUACAUUGACUAUUUACAUGUAAUCAAGCAUAUAAGUCAAUCGUACUGUCAGUUAAUGUGUUUUGUGUAACAGACCCCAGAAAGAUUGUGAGUGUGCAUCACAAAGUGAACCAUGCUCUACUAGUGUUUUGAUGAAAGUGGAUAGUAUACAUAUAUACCAGUGAAUAGUAAAUUACUAAAUUAUAUUUUCCUCUACACCAUAUGAUAUCCUUUUAUAUCGAAUACAUCCCAACAACAUGCAAGGUGUGUGAAUGAAAUACAUUUGUAUAAAAUAUUCAUUAACGUAGAUAUAUUUGUAUUUCUAUUGUGCAAAAUAUAAUCACAUUUCAUUGAUACUAUAAUUGAAAGUCAUAUUUUUACCAGCAAAAGUAUGUGUACAUUACAUCAAAAUAUUAUAGAUUGAUGGAAAUCCCUUUCAAAUGUAUUUUAUCACUGACAGAUAUUAGACUGUCCCCUUGCAUAUUUGCCUGAAAUCAGUGGAGGUCUAAUUUUAUUACUUGUUUGAUAGAAUUAUUCUUUGAUUGGUGUAUGAAACGUUUUGUUACAGCAAAGAAAGGAUGCUAUAUCAAAUAUCUUUGUGAUUAGAUUGCAUUGGUUUGGGAGAAUGUGAUACUUUUUUUUUUUUCAACUUCACAAAAAAUGCAUGAAAUUGGUUGAUAAAUGUGAUAUUAUUUCCGUCCCGAGCGUGUGUGAUAUAUACUAUUCUCUCUGGAAAAAAUAAUCAAGGGACCAAUUUACCUAAACUUCAUAAUCAUAUUUGGACCUUUACCCAAAUAAAAAAAAAAAUUCUUCCUUCUACUUGUACACUAAAAAUAGUAUGCUCUGAAAUAUCUUUUCAGUUCAAUAGUUGAUGUCAAAUAUCUGGCCUCCAUUUCAUUAAUAAAAAAUGGUGAGAAUUCUACGGCAAAUUUAUUGACAGCCAAUCAAAUCUCACCUUUUCAGAAGCUUAUAACAGUUUCAUCCUAUUGAUGUCUGACCUCAAAUCACUUGGAUAGAAUAUGACGUAAACAGCCAGAGUUGGCAUUUUUUACUCCUUUACAUUAAAAAAAAACCCAGAUUCAAAUCAAAUUUAUUAAAAGACAAGUCUACUUCAACAAAAAGUUGAUUUGAACAAAUAGAGAAAAAUCCAACGAGAAUAACACUGAAGAUUUCAUCAAAAUCGGAUGUAAAAUAGGAAAGUUAUGACAUUUUAAAGUUUUGCUAAAUUUCACAAAAGAGUUAUAUGCACAUCCUGAACGGUAUGCAAAUGAGGGGACUGAUGAUGUCACUCACUAUUUAUUUAGUAUUCUAUUAUAUGAAAUAUGAAAUAUCUUAAUUUUCUCCUCAUUGGAAGGUGAAAUAAGUUUUCUUCCUCCAUGAACAUGGGGAGUUACAAUUGUUCUAACACUUUAUGGUUCAGUAAAACUGGUCCUUAUUGUGAAAUCUGUAAAAAUUGAAAUAUUGUAUAAUUCAAACAAAAGAAAUAGUGAGUGGAGGACAUCACCGACUCUCUCAUUUAUGUGUUGCCGAGUUGUGCAUAUAACUGUUUUGUGAAAAAUAAGCGAAACUUUAAAAUGUCAUAACUUUCUUAUUUUACAUCCGAUUUUGAUGAAAUUUUCAAUGUUAUUCUUGUUUGAUUUUUCUGUAUUGAUUCAAAUCAACAUUUUUCUGGGGUGGACUUGACCUUUAAGUUUUAUUCUUUUCCUCUACCAUUACACUUGCAAGUAUUGUAACUUUGCAUUAUAACCUUGAUUGUCAUUGGCUGCUGAGCCUUGUUACCAUGGUAGUUAAAUAAUGUCAAAGUUACAACAGUUGUACGUUUCUAUGAAAUGUCACCUGUUUCCUUUGUCAUAUGAGAUGUCUAUUGUUCUUAUACUUUGCUUCCUAACCAUAAUGUGAUAAAAGUCACAGUGUACAGUUUCAUUGUAAAAUUUUACUUGAAGUUGUGUAUCCCCUCAUAUCUCUACCUCUAUGAGAUAAAACAUGAAGACUCUAACUGACAACAGUAUACAUGUAUACAUGCAAAAAUAAUACAUAAACACACUUAAUUACUGUAUGUUAUCAGAUGAACAUGGACGAGGGUUGCAUUCAACUCAAUAUCCAGGUUUUUAGCACUGAUUCGCUUUUUUGACACUUCAGGGAAAGAAAAAAAAAAUUGAAUGAUGAAAUUCAAUUGAAAUAUUUCUUCCAUGGUAAUUGGUUUCAGACCGCAAAUAGUAUUUUAAUUAUGUUGGAUUAUUUUUAUGAAUAUUUGUUUCAGCUAUUGUAUCUUCCCCCCUCAUUUCUUCCUGAUGUGAGUUGAUAGAGCUACACAGCUUUCUUAAGAGUAUUAAAUAUUCAAAUGAGGAAUGAAAAACACAAAAUAUUUCAUUUUAGAUCAGCUUGUUAAUGAAAGUGGUAGAUUCUAUGCGACAAAACUCGAACAGAGAGACUUAUUCUUCUGGUCUUUAUAUAUCAAGAUAAGAUUCAAGAAUAUAAAACAUCAAAAUACAGUUGCAGAGUCAUCUCUGCAAUGCAACUUUAAAAACUGUUUCGUUGUCUCACAAUCUGAUAGGUUAUUUUUCCUUUCAAAUAAAGAUGGUGAAAUGUUUUGUUGUUGAUCAUGAUGAGCAAAAUGAGAAUCAACCUUGUUACUCUAAAAUCCAACUCACUUGCCCAGAAUAUUGAGAUUUCCUUUCUUUUUUAUAAGAAGAUAUUUGAUUACAUAGCAAUAAUUUUCUUGGCUAGAUGGCCAGAUAAUGUAAUAUGUAAUGUAAUCUUAAAUAUCGCUCUGAGAAUCUACAACUUAUCCCAGAAAACUAUAGCUUCCUUUAGUUUCUGAUGAUUCUUAUAAAUGAUGGGCCUUUUUUCCUAUCAUGAGGUGGGUGGACACCUUUCUUUUAAUUGAAUGAAUAAUUGUAUGAAAGUACUGAUAUCAAAGUUAACACAGUAGUGGUACUGUUUAAUUGUUCUGAGAUCUAACCAGCUAUACUGUGGAAUAGUAGUGCAUUAAAUCAUGUCAUUUUUAUAGAUCAUGUAUUAUUCAUAGAACAUUGGCUAAAUUUUAAGAAUAGAUGUUAUUAAUUUUUUUUUUCAUUUAAGAGAAAUCUUUCGGAAAUCAUAGAAAAAUAGGUUUGUCAUCUUUGAAGGUGGAACAUUAACAUGUACACCAAAUUGUUUGUGGUUUUAUUUUUACCAAUAUAUUUCUUAUGCAUUGAUAAAAAAGUAAUGCUUUAUACUCUUUUGUGAUAUAAGAUGAUAUAUACACAUUGUUCUCAUACUUUUCCAAACAGAGAAAGAUUAAACUAAAUAGAUGUACAUUAUGGGUACAACAACAUGAAUAGAUAUCUAGUAAGAUUAUUUUCUUUAUGUCAGGGUAAGAUGCCUAUAAUUACAUACAAUCAAAUAUUCUUUACAUCCAAUGACGACCUGUCACCUUUAUUUAAUGGUCACAUUGUCACCAUUUACAGUUCUCUUUAACAUGGUUUCUCUUGCAACCAUACUUUUGCCCAUAAAUACCAUCUGACAUAAAUACAAGUCUUCUUUUGUCCCAGAGUGGUCUUUAUAAUCUUGUUUCUCCAUAAUUUAUUUUCUCGAGGAUAAUAUUGGAUUUGCUCAGUGUGGAGAUCCUUUCAGGAUAAAAUGGUCAAAAUGUUCCCCAGGGAAUUGAAUCGCUUGGUAUUUAAUGGCUUUGAAAUUAGAUCUCGUGGUCCCUAUUUAAGAAUAAAUGUUGCAAAAUGCUCCCCAGGGAGUGGAGAUGGUAAAGGAAUAAGAUAAGUCAAUACCAGCUUUGAUCACGGGGGAUGAUAUUCCUGAAAAUUUGAUAAUAGAUCUCUUGUUAUGUAUGUCCAAAUACAUGUUGAGUAUAAUACCAGGGUAAUAAUACAUGAUCUUUUAUUGGUAUUCCUUUUAAAAUGCUAUGCUAUGCAAAAAGUACAUGUAUGUUCCACGUCAAUCUUUUGUUGUUUUACGAUGAAGCAUAAUGCUGUUCACUCUUUGUAUAGAAAAUUCUGUUCACUUUUCCUGUAUUAUUCGUCAUUGGUGACAUUUUUUAUUACUUUUGAUUUCAGCAUGAAAUGUAUGUAAAUUAGAUAUUCCAUCUUUGAAAACUAAAAUUUGGUAUACAUUUAAAAAUGAAAAGGGGAUAUCCAUUGAUGUGUUAUGGUCAUCAUACCAAUGUUCUUUUUUAAUAUAGGUCAUUCCACACUAUCAAUCAUUCUAAAUAAAAGUAUUUAUGUACUACAUGAUCGUAAACUUUAAAACAGUAUUAAUGAUACUAUAAUGAAAUACAUUAAUACCAGUUUGAGUGAAUGUGAAGAUACAUACUAUAGCAAUCUGAAUGAUGAUUAAACCUAAGUAAUAAUAAUCACUUAUGGUAGGUUUUGUACCUUUGUUACAAUAUCACAGUUUUCUUCAUAAAAUUGAUACUUAUUGUUUGUUUUUCCCAGACUAAUGUUAAGAUAAUAUAUGUACACAUGUAUGGUAAACUACUUUCAAGGGUUUGUUGGUUCUUUUUUUUUCAAGAAGCAUUAUUUUUUUUUAAUCUCUAGUUUUUCUUAUUAAACCUUGAUCUAUCCUGGCAAACAUGGUAAAACUUUCUCUCUUUUCAUCUUUGGUGAGCGAAUUAUGAUGACAUUUUACAUCAAAAUCAUGAGUAUUUUUGUAUGGAAUCUUAAUCAAAUCAUGUCUUAUCUAUUAUCUCCAUUUUAAUUUUUAAAUCUUUGUUGUCAAAAAUAUGAAAUAGAUAUAUAAAGUACAAAAUAUGAAUGUAAUAUGGACUUGUGUUUAUGUGCAUCUGUUGCUUUUAAUAGUGACAUGAAUAAACCGCAAAAACAAUAUUUCAUAA